CCAAGCUGUUAAUAUUAUGAACGAUCAUAUUGUUGAAGAAAUUGAUCCUCUUCAUUUGAAACAAAGGAUAUCUAUUGUGACAGCACGAAAAUUACGUUUUGAUGAUUUUGAAGAAGUGACAAGUCGCCGAGAACGAGCACAGUAUUUUAUUAAUAGAUUGUCCGUUGACACUAUGGAUGAAGUGCUGAUAGCAAUGCGAAGAAGUGGUUAUGAACGCAUCGUCGAUGAAAUAAAAGCAGGCUCUCUAUCAAAAGAGUAUAAAUGUCCUAGACUGUCACAUCAAACAUAUGAAGAAAAAUGCGUAUUUCAUAGCCAGAUGGAAAUACACUUUGACUUGACAGACUUUAAAUUUGUAGGUCAAGACAUAAAGUGCUUUGAUUUAGAUGGAGCGCAUUAUGUUUCGCUAGAUAUUUAUGAAGACAAGACGGAACCAAGUUUGAAAAACUUUGAACUCAGGGACGAAAAACCCUAUAAAACAUUUCAAAGACAGAUAAGUAAUGAAUCUUCUAGGGAAGCUGAGAGUGGAUUUUCAUCUAUAUCUGAAGAAGCAACGUCUAUCAAUGGAGUUCCUGAAAUACAAGAAACUGAAGACGAAGGCAUACACAGUUGGAAUUCAGGAUCAUCUUCCUUUAAUGAUAGUGUCAAGUGCAGAACAGAUGAACAAGAUGCUGUUGACUACGAAAAGAAAAUAUUUGUACAAAGUCGGUCAAAUAAAUAUAUAUCAAGAUCAAGCUCUUUUUAUGGUUCAGGUUUUCAAAGAAGACGUUUUAACCGACCCCGUAUUGUAUCAAAGAUAGAUAUUGGCUCUCUUUUGAAACCGGAGCGACCAAAGGUGCCAUUAGAGAGACAAUUGCCUAUACAAUCUUUGCGAAGGACGAGCUAUGCUGGUGUGGCGAAUAGGCUAGUUUUGCCUAGACUAACUGCGAAGGAGAGAAAACGCAAUUUUCAUAUUAACUCGGAUUUGGUUGUUCUUUCUAGACACUUUGAUAAGUUGUGUUCGAUACCUUCCACAAACCACGAAUAAUAGUUCUUAUCGACGGGCGAAAUAAGAAAUAUAUGGACAUAUAUACUUAUCAUAAAUAGACCCGUUUUCUGAUCAUACAUGGACCCUUCGUAUGGUCGUACAUGCGCUUAUCCUAAGGUCAUACAUAGGUCCUUCUCAUGGUCAUACAUGGACGUAUCUUUCGGUCAUGCAUAGACUCAUUUAUUGGUUGAACAUAAAUUGUCUUGCGUUCAUAUAUAAAGCCAUCUCAUGGUCGUACAUGACUUAUCUAACGGCAAUACAUAGACCUGUCUCUUGACCAUACAUGGACUUAGAUUUAUCUUCUGUUCAUACAUAGAGCCAUCUCAUGGUCCUACAUGAACUUAAUUAUCGGCCACACACAGACCCGUCCCAUGGCUGUAUAUGAACUUAUCUAACGGUCAUACAUAAACCCAUCUCAAGGUCCUACAUUGACUUUUCUAACAGUCAUACAUAUACCCAUCUCAUGGUCGUACACUGACCCAUCUCCUGACUAUACAUGAAUUCAUUUUUUUGUCACAUAUGGAUCCAUCUCAUGGAUAUGUAUGGUCUAAUAUGCACUUCUUUCUAGGGCAAAUGUGACUUUAUCCUUAUCUCGAGGCUAUAUACUGACUUAUUUCGCUUUAAACAUAAGAACAUCAAUCUCGAGGCCAAACAUGGACUUCGUGAAACUGACGAAUAUACGUGGCAUAUGCAGGAUAGUUGAAAAGAAUGUUGUGUUUUACUGAUUGUCAUUAAAAAUUUUGUAAAACAAUAAUCUGUUUGGAAUAGAAGAAAGGUGCUUUGAAUUUUCGCUUCGUCAUACUUUUUUGUUUCAUAAAACGAAGAUGUACUAUUACGUGUCUCAUAUGUGAAUUUAAUCCUAUGGUGUGUUUGCAAAUAUUAACUUUAGAAAUAUACACAUAUUUCCAAAUAUAGCAUUGACCGGUAUAUAUUGAGUAAUGCAAAUGUACUUUAUACAUGAAACAUCUGUUUUGGUUCAUCUUCUUUUCAUAGUAUAUUCAUUAACGUUGUUGUUUUUUUUAAUCACUUUUCAAUUUCGGAUAAUGCAUAUUUGUUACCUGAUUUAUUAAAUAAAUCGCAUCUGUUACUUCCGUGUUCCUUGUCUGGCUCAAAAUUGAACUUUUAUUUUAUCAUUCUCUUUGUUUCGUAUGAAAAUUUAUUUAUUGAUUAGUUUUUAUAAUUGAAAUUACUGUAAUUAGUGUAGUAUUUUAGUAUUUGAUAUUGAACUAACUAACAAUUUAUUAACAUCUUGUAAUUUAAGCUGAUGAACAAAUAUUUUCAUCUGUAAAUUGUGAAUAAAUGAUGCUCAAUAAUAGUUUAAACAGACCUAACAUGUACAAACAUGCUCGAUGGUAUUUGAGGUUCCCAUUUCAGUUGAAUUUCUCCCAGUUAAGUUUUCCUGUUGCGUUAAACGAGCUAUUGUUAUCGCUUUAUGAUGUGAAUUGAGCAAUUUCCUACAGUACUUAAGAUGAAGAUACGUAUGUCAAUUUUAUUGAAACGUUGUGAAAAGUAACCCGGACACAAACAGUUUCAAUAAUCCCAUACAAAAAGGUUCUGAAUGUUCCAUUCCAAUCUGGAAAAAUAUGUUUGCAUAAUUAUGUAUUGUUUGGUAUUGAUUAAUGAUUUAAUUAUCGUGAAUAUUAACAAAAUUGAAAAUGUGGUUAUAUCUUUCAUCUGUAUUAUUUUAUUAACAUAUUUGAAUUGAAAUUAUACUUUCAUCAUUAUAUUUAUACAUUUUAAAAACAUAUAAUCCUAGCAUUACAAAUGCUAGUAAAGUGAUGAUAUGACACUUGGGUAUCACUUUUUUUAUUUUAGUAUUAAAAUUAGUGUAGAACUAAAUACUUUCAGGUUGUUUCCACGUCUUUGUUAAUAUUUUAUAGUUGUUUAUGUUAUAUCUAAUGUCACUCAGAUUGUGAUUAUUAUUUCCCUUCUUUAUAUGUCGAUACAAAAUAAUAAUUUAUUAUAUUUUGAUACAAAAUUUAAAAAGAAGGAAAAAAAUAUUUUGGAUUUUUGAAAUAUUUAUGUAAACUUAAUGAUUGAAGUAAUGAUGUAAUGAUGUAAUAAUGUAAGGUCUGACUUGAAAAGUAAAAAAUGUAUAUUUAGAAAAAUUCAUCUUUGAUUAAUUUAUACACAUAAAAUAUUUAAAAUUUGAAUAUGUUGAUUAGUUUUCUAUAAGAGUCUAACUUUAUUGUCUGUAUUUGAUAUCUACUUACACUCAAAUAAAAUAUGUGCAAAUCAUGCUGAUAGCUAUG